AACUAGAUAGAUGAUAUAAUUAAGCAUUUUGUUUUAUUUUAAGUAUUAUUUAAGAGCGAUCUUCGAAAUAUGAAGAAUAUUUUGUUUUAUGAAAAAUCCUGCACAACUAAGGCAGUAUUCUAUGCCUUUGGCCUAAUAUUUGAAUUCUAAUGGAACGAUUUAUUUUUUGUGUCUCGUUCUUUUCAUUAUUUUGACGAUUUACAAGUCCCUCGUUGGUUUAAUGUGCCCAAUGGCGUUGAACUAUCUUCGUCUGCAUCGUUCUUUGUACAAGGGGGACAACGAAUGUGACUUCCUGUGUUUCUAAGUGUACUGAAAGUUAGUCUACAGAGAGGUUCCUCUAUGGAUAACGAAUUUUCCGACAAACUGUCUUCUUCUACUGGCGAUGCACCAGGCAGGACUACCGCAGUAGGAAUAUCCAGUCCAGAAGACGUCCAGUCCACUGCAGCAUCAUCUACAAUACCUACUCAUUCACAGCUGCUUUCAGAUGAUCAAAACAGCAUUAUCCCACCAGUGCCACCAGUUAUUCCACCACCUAAAGCUGGUCGUCGUUCCCAACACCAAGAUGCAAGAAAUCUUGUACAACAGCCACGCCGCAGCUCAACCAGAUUUAUCAAACGAAAAAAAUUUGAUGAUGAAGUGGUUGAGAGCAGUUUGGUCAAGUCUGAACGAGGCCGCCUGAAAGCCAGUGCUGCAUCUUUACCUACUACCACUGUUCCUACACCACAUCUUUCUUCCAUCACCACCACACAGCCACUUCAGCUUCCUGUAGAGAAAAUUGAACCCAUCGAAGUAGCAGACCCUCUUCCUCCUGCACCUCCUCCAGAGAAGAAAAAAGUCAUCAGUCAAAAGGUUGCCCAGAAGACAACUAAACCUUCAUCUAAACGUGUCAAGAAGCAGAAAGCACCAGCCCCAGGAUCAACAAAAGACUUGGGUCGAUGGAAACCACAAGAUGAUGUUGCUCUUGUAACAGCUGUACAGCAGACCAAUGAUUUGAAUGCAGUCUAUACUGGCGUGAAAUUUUCUUGCCAUUUCACUCUGAAGGAGAUCCAGGAGCGGUGGUAUGCUCUCUUGUAUGACCCAACAAUAUCCAGACUGUCCAUGCAAGCAAUGAAACAGUUACAUCCAGAGAAUAUUGCUAUGAUACAGGGAAAAGCACUUUUCAGUCAGCAAGAAGAAAACCUUUUGGCGAACAUCCCAUCUACUAGUUCACCACAGCUGGAAGUGUUUCAAGAACUUUUGGGAGCACACCCAGAUAUUUUUCACCCACUGCGUACACCCAAAACACUGAUGACAUACUGGCAAUUGAUGAAGCAGUACCACCUCUUACCAGAUCAGUCAGUGCAACCCAUGCCACGUGGAGACAAUGUUCUUAACUAUUCAGAUGCUGAGGACAUGCUGAAAGAUGAAAGUUUGAAAGACCCAACUGACGAGGCAGUAGAACAUGACCUGACCCUGGCUGAUAGACGGAGCAAGCGGGAGAUUCGUCAUUUGGAACAAGAGCUACCAAAGUGGCAGGUGUUGGUAGAUUCAGUAACAGGUAUAAGCCCUCCAGACUUUGACAACCAAACACUUGCUGUUUUACGAGGUCGUCUAGUUAGAUAUCUCAUGCGGUCAAGAGAGAUCACUAUAGGUCGAGCAACCAGAGAACAGUCCAUUGAUGUAGAUCUUUCACUGGAAGGUCCAGCCUGGAAAGUCUCACGUCGUCAGGGUGUUAUCAAGCUGCGUAACAAUGGGGAUUUCUUUAUUGCAAAUGAGGGCAAAAGACCCAUCCACAUUGAUGGCAAACCAGUUUUGGCAGGAAACAAACAAAAAUUGUUCAAUAACUCUGUAGUAGAGAUCUCAUGUCUGCGGUUUAUUUUCCUCAUCAACCAGGACCUUAUUAACACAAUUCGUUCAGAUGCACAAAAGCAAGGUGCAGCUGGUACUACAGCUACUUGAAGAGGAAUAUGUGUGUGUGUGUGAGAUGAGUGAAUGUAACACAGGAAAGGGCGCUUUCAUUGUUGCAUGAGAAAAGUGAUGUUAAGAGCUUGACAUUGACCAUUGUCUGUCACUGUUUAUUAUGAUUCUGCAACAUACAGUAUUGUUAACAAGAUGAUAUUAAAAGAACAACACACAUUUGAGAAGCCAAAAAAUCCGUAGUCUAAAGAUGUAUUCAUGUUGAGAAAAUGUACAAAAGAUAAUUCAAAAUGUUAAGCUUACACAUUAUGCAAUAGCAGAAAUGCAUUCUCAUGAUUUUUUAAUGAUUGGAUUAGAGAGGCAAAAAAAAAAAAAGCACUCGGAUGACAAAGCAACGUAGCCCAUGCAUUAAAGCUUGUAAAUACAAAA